CUUCCUAGGAGCACAGUUGCCGAUCACACAGUGAACCCAUCAGGUAUUGUGUGAUAAAGUCGUUUAGUAUAAGGUUUGAUUAGAAUUCGUUGCCCGCUUUUCAAUUGGUUCGAAGGUUUCACUUUUCUUUUCUCUCUUCUUCUUUUCCCCUUUCCCUGUAUCCUUUUCUCUACCACUCCCCCCUUGAAUUGUUGAGCGUGUGUUAUGGACAUUGACCCCAUUGCCGAGCAUUCUCGACCCGAUCCCGGCCUUGACGAAUCUGCAACGGUCCUCCAGCCGAGCACAGUGCUUAUGCCACACGCACCCCCUACUGACAAGGUCGUUACUCCGACUGUCGAAGACGACGAAACCGACAAGGCUGUUGCACCUUCUGUCAAUGACGAACAGCAACCACUGCAAGACAACCAGCAAUUGCCACAGCAGCAACUGUCGUCCUUGGAACAGCAACAAUUUGAUAUCCCGAGCGAGUAUCUCGAGCACCUUAUCCAACCGGAUCCACAACAACACCAACACCAACAGCAGGAGGUGUCCCCCAUAUACGGAAUAUCUGCUGAUCAGUUUGCCGCAAUCCAACAGCUGUACGCAACCACCCCUUUACCAAACGAUAUCUUGUUUCCUUGGCUGCACGGUGUCAACGGCCGGUCUUAUCAGCAGAAUUUGUUUUUUGGUGUGCGCAAGAGUAUUGUGCCCAAACAUCGUGGAUUGAUGCUAGUCCACGCAGACGAAGCGUGCCCUUAUAACGCUCGAUUGGCUCAAGCGGUACUGCCGUCCGAGUUGAUAACCACGUCGUCGGCAAUGGACCCAACACCAUCAUUUAUAGAUACCAGCGAUACGGAUCACGCCGUCAAUUUGCGAAAUUUUAAGAUCCAGGUCUCGCGAUAUGGAUCGAUCAGUGAUAUUGUCGUGUAUGGAUACGGGGCUGUGGAGGUGGCACAGAAGAUCGUCGUGGCCCAGGCACGAUUGCGGAUAGAACGGCUGGAGCAAUUAGAAAAGAUUAGAAGAACAUCAGGCCAGAGUGCCGUCAAGGAUGCCAAUGACUUGUCUUAUCGCGUCUUGGUUAUCACAGAUCCGUUCGCAAAAAUCGAAGAAAAACAUCCGGAACUUAUCAGCUACAAUUCAAGCGGGAUGUGCAUGAACACCAUCAGCUUUUGGGAACGUGAGCGAGAGGAAAUGCGUCUCAUGAGUGGUGCGAUCGAGAUAACGCCUAAUGUCUGGGUGGGCAACACUCAGGACGCACCUGCAUACGUGCGCCAACCUGACUAUGACGAUGAAGAAAGCGAGGUCGACGAUAACCCGCAUCAAUUCUCCAUCUGCAUCGAAGCACAUGAUUUUGCUGACAUGCCAUUGCCGUCCACACUGACAUUGGCACGCGAGACAUUAAAUGAGCUACCUACGGAUGGAUUACCGCCGGAAAUCAUCCAUCUCGACGUUCACUCGACGGGGAUACCCAUGGAAUCCGGAGCAUUCGACAAGUUCUACAAACGACUGGUGCAUCUAUUAGCUUUUGUGGAUGAUCAGGCCAGCCGGGGCCGUAGGAUUUUAAUUCAUUGCUCAGACGGCUAUACGGAAACAAGCUUGAUGGUCUUGUCGUGGAUCAUGUACAAGGAAAAGGCCCGGCUGCCAGAAGCGUAUCUGAUGUUACAGCGCAAGAGAAGUUUCUUUGUGUAUUCUGUGGAUGUUGCAACGCUUCGACGGAUUGAGCACCGGUUAUCACAGCCAACAACAAUAACGUCAUUAGCAUCACCCCCACCCCAACCACCAUCAUCGGUAGCAGGAGUAGAUCAUAAACGGAAACGAGGCGACCAUGUGGUGGAGAAUGGUGAUGAGGAUGAAGGGGAUGAGUACAAUGUACGGUUACCCCCAGAUACGCGACAACAGCUACAGCUCGAGGAUCUCAGUAUCGGCACCGCGAGCAAUAAUACCAACAAUAACAGUAACAACGACGCAAUGGCAGUGGAUGGUGAAGAGGAGGACGAUUAUUUGGAUGAGGAUGAUGAUGAUUUUGAUGGGGACGAUGAAAUGCAAGGCAAAGACAAUCGAUUACUGCACGACGACUUUUACAUCAAUAGUAUAUCUAAUCCAGCACAACACAAGGACCAAUUAGGGCAACACCAUCAUCAAAACAACAACAACAGCAAUAACAAUAACCAGUUUACUCCGCCGGUCCCUGGAAGGCCCGUGCGUACUGGCGGUGAUUAUCAGCAGCAGCAGCAGCAGCAGCAGCAACCACAACAAGAGCAAAGCAUGGAUGAAAGUAUUGGUGCUAGCAAUGACGGCGACGACGACGCUAUUGAUGAAACGAUCCCUGUCCACUUGCUGGAACCGGAACCCGAUGCAACCGAAAAAAUGCAUUUCCCAUGGUUUUAUUCACCGCGUUUCGAGGGGUCGUUCCCAUCACGGAUACUUCCCUUUUUGUAUCUCGGCAAUCUGAAUCAUGCGACAAAUCCAGAAAUGCUCAAAGCGCUUGGUAUCACUCACAUCGUGAGUGUGGGUGAGGAUGCGAAUCUGGAUCAAAGCCAGUUCAAGCUCUUGUUUCUUGACAAUUUAUAUGACGACGGCAUUGAUUCUAUUCGCGGACGAUUGGAGGAAACCAUGCGAUUUGUUGAUGAAGCAUAUGAACAAAACAGUUAUUGUUUGAUCCACUGUCGCGUGGGCGUUAGUCGGAGUGCCGCCAUUACAAUCUGCUACGUGAUGCAUCAUCUCAAACAUUCCUUAGUACAAGCCUACCUCUACGUACGUGCACGAAGGCUUAACGUCAUUAUUCAACCCAAUUUGAAGUUCAUGUACGAAAUGCUACAGUUGGAACAGCAUUUACUAGGCAAAGCAACAAUUUUCUGGCCUAUUCUUAGCAAAGAGAUCCAUUUAUUGAACAUGUCUUAUCGCGAAUCAUGAUCUCUUCUCUGGCCAACUCUUUAUAAAACAAUAAAAAAGAUGAAAAAAAAGGAACAUAGGAUAUAUCCAAUAUAAUGACAAAGA